ACGUAUCUCCUCAAACACAAACUCUCUCUCCAUCUCUAUCUCAUUUUCUCUCUAGAAAAAUCAAAACAGUGCUUUCAUUUUUUCAAAAUGGAUCGGAACAAUCUCUUCACUCUCGCAUUCAUCUGCAUUAUCGUCGCCGGCGUCGGAGGCCAGUCACCUUCCGCUGCCCCCACCACAACUCCAGUCGUAACAACUCCUGUUUCAUCACCGGUAGCUGCCCCUCCCAAACCAGCUUCACCAGCUCCCGUUGUUUCUCCUAAAUCAUCACCUCCAGCUACAUCCCCCAAAGCCGCUGCACCUGCUCCGGCAACCAAACCCCCAGCCUCAUCUCCACCGGCAGUAACACCAGUCAGCACACCACCCGCACCAGUUCCGGUCAGCUCACCACCCAAUCCCGCACCAGUAAGCUCACCUCCUGCAGUGACACCCGUGGUGGCUCCAACCACACCGGUCGUACCAGCUCCGGCUCCUACCAAGGGAAAGAAAGGCAAGAAACACAGUGCUCCAGCACCAUCACCUUCAUUGUUGGGUCCACCUGCACCACCAUCAGAAGCACCUGGACCAAGUGAUGGCGCGUCUUCACCUGGACCCGCAUCUAAUGCAAACGACGAGAGUGGAGCUGAAACCGUGAGGAGUUUGAAGAUGCUAGGAGGCUUAGCUUUGAGCUGGAUGGCUGUUGCUUUGAUCUUCUAAAAAUAAUUUAUUGUUCUUACCACACAUUUGCAUUAUUUCUUUUUAUCCUUUUUCUUAUUUUUGACUCUCUUAUGAGAGUAUGUUUGAUAUUACAUUUAAUUACAUUUGUUGUGUUCAGACACUCCUAAUAUUCUAUUAAUGCGAUGGUUAUUAUUUUUUUGACAA